CGAAGAUGAUUACUAUUUAGAGGAGGAUAAAAUGGGAAUGACGGUUACAUCUGGCAGUGUGACUAUUAAGAAGGAUGCCAGUAAUUUAAUUGGCAUCAGCAUUGGAGGAGGAGCUCCUUAUUGCCCGUGUCUUUAUAUAGUACAAGUCUUCGAUAAUACACCAGCUGCUAAAGAAGGCACCUUACAAAGUGGUGACGAAUUGGUUGCCAUAAAUGGAACUACAGUAAAGGGUCGUACUAAGGUUGAAGUGGCAAAAAUGAUACAAGGAACACAGGAGGAAGUUAAUAUAAAUUACAAUAAGUUUCAUGCCGAUCCCAAGCAAGGAAAGACAUUAGAUAUUGUAUUGAAAAAGGUAUAUUUUAUCUAA